AAGAAAAGCAUGGGAGAAAUGGUCCCAACCCACUUCACUUGCAUCAUUGGUUUGGUUGCAUGAGUGGCUAUUGGCUCUGCUUUUGGAUUUUCCUUCAAAAAUCUUCUCCGAGGUGGUGUGUUCAAACAAUGAUGAUGCAACCUAUGAAACUGUCAAAGUUUCUGUAUUUCAAAGAAAGUUCUUUUUUGAAGUUCCAGGCUUCUCUAAUAACUGGUCAACGACUCAACGUUCAGAUUUGGUCAAGGGUAUCUCAUCUUUUCCCAUUUUCUUCAUUUCUUCCUCAUUUGCCACGUUUGAGUUUCGGUUUUCCUAAGAAUACAGCCCUUCAUAGAAAUUUCAGCUAAGUUUACUAAAUUCUCCUUGUUCUGUUCUAUAGUUUCUAUUUGUCUCUGUUGUUAAUAAAGAACUUAUCACAAGUUGUUUAUUACCUCUAUUCUUCGUCACUGAAUUCUAUACUUGAAAGUUGGAACCAUCAAACCAACUUACCUAUCUAUCCAUAAUUGAAAAAGGCUUUUAGUUUCUGCAUCUGCUGCUAUACAAGAUUAUGGUUUCUGAUCAUUAUUAGUUCCACAAUUUUAGUUUAUAGUUCAGCUUGGAAGAUCAAGGAGGAAAUUAAAGUUUAUAGUUAAGCUUCCAAUUUUGGUGUUCAUGAUUGUUUCUGUGUAAGAAAAUCAUUGCCUAAAGGAGAUUUGUGCAAAACUUAUAUGCUAGUGUUUGGCCUACUUAGCAUGAACAAUGUCAAUCCUGUGUGGCCUUCCUCUUCUUGAGUGUGUGUAUUGUCUCGGUUGCGCUCGCUGGGCUUGGAAAAGAUGUCUUCACAAUGCAGGCCAUGACAGUGAGAAUUGGGGCUUUGCCAACGCCGAAGAGUUCGAGCCGGUCCCUCGCCUUUGCAGAUACAUCCUAGCUGUGUAUGAAGAUGAUCUUAGACACCCCCUUUGGGCACCUCCUGGUGGUUAUGGAAUCAACCCAGAUUGGCUAAUACACAAGAAAACAUACGAAGAUACUUGCGGACGCGCUCCACCCUAUAUAUUGUAUAUUGAUCAUGAUCAUGCUGAUAUAGUUCUUGCCAUCAGGGGCCUAAACUUGGCAAAAGAGAGUGACUAUGCAGUUCUUUUGGAUAAUAGAUUGGGGAAGAGGAAUUUUGAUGGAGGGUAUGUUCACAAUGGGCUAUUGAAAGCUGCUGGAUGGAUUUUGGACACAGAAUGCAAGGUUCUGAGGGAGUUGGUGGAAAGAUAUCCAGAUUACAGACUUACUUUUGCUGGACAUUCACUUGGAUCAGGAGUUGCAGCUAUGUUGACCAUGGUGGUGGUGCAGAAUCGCGAUAAGCUUGGAGAUAUUGACAGGAAGAGAGUCAGGUGCUACGCCAUCGCACCGGCUAGGUGUAUGUCGCUAAAUUUGGCGGUGCGAUAUGCAGAUGUCAUCAACUCUGUUGUGUUGCAGGAUGACUUCUUACCAAGGACAGCCACCCCAUUGGAAGAUAUAUUCAAAUCUGUUUUCUGUUUGCCAUGCCUAUUGUGUUUGAGGUGCAUGAGAGAUACAUGCAUAUCUGAGGAGAAGCUGCUCAAAGAUCCAAGGAGACUCUAUGCACCUGGUCGCCUUUAUCACAUUGUUGAGAGAAAGCCUUUUAGAAUGGGAAGGUUUCCCCCGGUUGUAAGGACGGCGGUGCCUGUCGACGGAAGAUUCGAGCAUAUAAUCCUUUCAUGUAACGCCACGUCUGAUCAUGCCAUAAUUUGGAUAGAGAAAGAAGCACAAAAGGCUCUAGAUUUAAUAAUAGAGAAAGACCAUGAUGCCAUGGAAAUCCCUGAGAAACAAAAGAUGGUGCGUCAAGAAACAAUGACUAGGCACAAAGAAGAACACAGAGCAGCACUACAGAGGGCUAAGACAUUAGAUGUUCCUCAUGCUUAUACGCCACCAUCAGAAUAUGGCACUUUUGAUGAUGAGAAAGAAGAAGAAGAAAAGAGCUCAAGAAGAAGAUUAAAGGGUGGUUCUUCUUUUGGUUCAACUCCUAAUAAAACCAAUAAUGCUAGUGAAAGCUGGGAUGAGUUAAUUGAACGCCUUUUUGAUAAGGAUGAGCAUGGCCACAUGGUGCUGAAGAAAUAAUGGUAAAUUUUAUGUAUCAUUCUAAUUGAAAGCCAAAUUAGUUCAUUCUUUUGUGAUUUUUCCCUCUUUAUGUAUAAUUUUAGCUGAAAGAUGGAACUAGAAAUGAAGGUUGAUGAAUUUAUUUUGAAAUA